AUGUCGGUCACCGAAGACCCCAAAUUUGAUCCCAUGUCGCCCACCUCCGACUCCAACCUGACUUCGCAGUCCACAACCAUUGCCGUGCCAUCGUCAGAAACCCAGGAGCUUCCUAGUGCCGCCCCUCAUCCCGAUAACGCCCAGGCCGAGAGCCAAGAGCCCAGUUCGGUGGAUGCGAAGCCCACAGACAAUAAUGAGGACAAUACGCCAGCUCCCGUUCCCAAGCAGGACCCUGUAGAUGCGGCUCCAUCUGCAAGCGCAUCUCCGGAACAACACGAUGAGGCGAAGGCUCCGGCAGCUGGCUCCGAGCCAUCGUCCCAGGGAUCAGAUGAGGCUGCCAAAGAGGAGGAGGACACGGGCCCAUCCUUGGUGAUCACCCUGCUCUUGAUAACAGGCUCCCGACACCCUUUCAAGAUCGAUGGGAAAUACCUACGGAAACGGUCGGUCAAUGUAGAGAAUUACGAUCCCUUCGCCAUGAGUGUAUACACGUUGAAGGAAUUGAUCUGGCGAGAAUGGCGCCAAGACUGGGAGCCGCGGCCAUCAUCGCCCAGCUCCAUCCGACUCAUCUCAUUCGGCAAGCUGCUUGAUGACAAAGCCCCGUUAUCAGACUCCAAGUUCAGCCGGGAUGCUCCUAAUGUGGUUCAUAUGACUGUGAAGCCCCAGGAGAUCGUUGACGAAGAAGACGCCAAGUCUAAACCCCAGUACACCCGGGAGCGGGAGUCCAGUGAGCGUAGCCCUGGCUGUCGCUGCAUCAUCCAAUAA